AAAAAAAAAAAACUGAACAGUAGUAAAAGUUCCAUCGCUUCUCUCUCUUAGUCUAUCUCGCUCCUUAGGGUUUCUCUCAUUCUUCUUCGUUUUGAAAUUUGAAAAAUUCUCUGGCGCAACCAACCUCCACGGACUCUCUUUCUCUCUCUAUGACUCUUGCUUCCCCCAAUUUAUUUCUCUAGGGUAAAAUUCUCACCGAGCUCUCGAAAUUGCCUUCCAAUGGAGAUGAAUCUGCGCAAGGGCGACAAGGUUUGGGUGGAAGAUAAGGAUUUGGCUUGGAUUGCUGCUGAUGUGCUCGAUUCUUUUGCUAACAAGAUCCAUGUUGAGACUUCUACUGGGAAAAAGGUUUUAGUUUCCCCGGAGAAGUUAUUUCGGAGGGAUCCUGACGAUGAAGAGCAUAAUGGAGUUGAUGAUAUGACCAAGCUGACAUACUUGCACGAAGCUGGUGUUCUUUAUAAUCUACAGAGGAGAUACGCUCUUAAUGAUAUAUAUACAUACACUGGAAGCAUUCUGAUCGCUGUUAAUCCGUUUAAAAAGCUUCCACAUCUCUACAAUGGGCACAUGAUGGAGCAGUACAAGGGAGCACCAUUUGGUGAGCUCAGUCCACAUGUUUUUGCUGUUUCUGAUGUUGCAUACAGAGCGAUGAUUGAAGACAGUCGAAGUCAGUCGAUACUCGUCAGCGGUGAGAGUGGAGCUGGAAAAACUGAGACAACAAAACUGAUCAUGCAGUAUCUUACAUUUGUUGGGGGACGUGCUGCUGAAGAUGAUAGAAGUGUUGAGCAGCAAGUCCUUGAAUCAAAUCCUCUCUUGGAAGCAUUUGGCAAUGCGAAAACAGUGAGGAAUGAUAAUUCCAGCCGUUUUGGAAAGUUUGUCGAAAUCCAGUUUGAUGCAAAUGGUAGAAUAUCUGGUGCUGCAAUCAGAACCUAUCUUCUGGAGAGAUCACGUGUAGUCCGGAUAACAGACCCCGAGAGGAAUUAUCAUUGUUUUUAUCAAUUGUGCGCUUCAGGGAAUGACGCUGAGAAAUAUAAACUAAGCAAUCCUCGUCAAUUUCAUUAUUUAAAUCAAAGCAAGACUUAUGAACUAGAAGGAGUCAGCAGUGCAGAAGAGUAUAAGAAUACAAGGAGGGCAAUGGAUAUUGUGGGCAUAAGUCAUGACGAGCAGGAAGGAAUAUUCCGCACGCUUGCUGCGAUUUUACAUCUUGGAAAUGUUGAGUUUUACUCAGGGAGAGAGCACGACUCGUCGGUGGUAAAGGAUCGGGAAUCUAGACUUCAUCUGCAGAUGGCUGCUGAUCUUUUCAAGUGUGAUGCAAAUCUUUUGCUGGCUUCUCUCUGCACACGUUCAAUUGUGACCCGUGAAGGCAUCAUUAUCAAAGCACUUGACCCUAAUGCUGCUGUUGCUAGCCGGGAUACACUUGCGAAGACUGUUUACGCCCAUCUGUUUGACUGGCUGGUUGACAAGAUCAAUAAGUCUGUUGGGCAAGAUCCAGACUCCCGUUUUCAAAUUGGAGUCCUGGACAUUUACGGAUUUGAAUGCUUUAAGAAUAACAGUUUUGAACAAUUUUGCAUCAACUUUGCAAAUGAAAAGCUGCAGCAACAUUUCAAUGAGCAUGUAUUCAAGAUGGAGCAGGAUGAGUAUAGAAAAGAAGAAAUUAAUUGGAGUUAUAUUGAGUUUAUUGACAACCAGGAUGUCUUGGACCUUAUUGAGAAGAAGCCUAUUGGAGUAAUUGCACUCUUGGAUGAAGCUUGCAUGUUUCCUAGAUCAACUCAUGAGUCAUUUUCAAUGAAGUUGUUCCAGAAUUUUAAAUGUCAUCCUAGAUUGGAGAAGGCAAAGUUUUCAGAGACGGAUUUUACCCUCUCUCAUUACGCUGGCAAGGUUACUUAUCAAACUGAAGCAUUUUUGGAUAAAAACCGUGAUUAUACUAUAGUGGAACAUUGCAAUCUGCUGUCUUCCUCCAAAUGCCCUUUCGUUGCUGGACUUUUUCCCCCAGCCCCGGAAGAGUCUGCCAGAUCUUCUUACAAAUUUUCUUCUGUGUCUUCCAGAUUUAAGCAACAACUUCAAGCCCUCAUGGAAACUCUCAGCAAAACGGAGCCUCAUUAUGUUCGUUGUGUGAAGCCAAACUCACUCAACAAACCUCAAAAGUUCGAGAGUCUUAGUGUUUUACAUCAACUUCGUUGUGGGGGUGUACUAGAAGCUGUUCGAAUUAGUCUAGCAGGGUACCCCACUCGAAGAAAUUAUUCAGACUUCGUGGAUCGGUUUGGUCUGCUUUCUCCAGAAUUCAUGGAUGAGAGCAAUGAUGAGCAGGCACUGACUGAAAAAAUCUUGAGGAAAUUAGGUCUUGGGAAUUAUCAGCUAGGCCGGACAAAAGUGUUCCUUAGAGCUGGUCAAAUUGGCAUUUUGGACUCUAAGCGGGCUGAAGUUCUUGAUGCUUCUGCAAGACUAAUUCAGCGAAGACUGAGAACAUUUGUUACGCACCAAAACUUCAUCUCUGCGCGGGCAUCUGCAAUUUCAAUUCAGGCAUACUGUAGAGGAUGCCUGUCUCGAAAUGUUUAUGUCACGAAAAGGAAUGAAGCAGCAGCUGUCUUGGUACAAAAGCAUGUACGCAGGAGGCUGUCAAGAUGUGCAUUUGUAAAACUUGUAUCAGCUGCCAUUGCAAUACAGUCUUGCAUCCGCGCUAAUUCAACUCGCUUAAAGUUUUCACAUCAAAAAGAGACUAGAGCUGCCUCUAUAAUUCAGGCUCAUUGGAGAAUCCAUAAGUUUCGUUCAGCAUUCAGACACCGUCAAUCAUCUAUUAUUGCUAUUCAGUGUCGUUGGCGGCAGAAGCUUGCAAAGAGAGAGUUUAGAAAACUUAAACAAGCAGCUAAUGAAACAGGUGCUUUGCGAUUAGCUAAAACUAAAACAUUGGAAUCCUUCAGCCUCAAACUAGACGCAGCUAGGCUGGCUACCAUUAAUGAGUGCAAUAAGAAUGCAGUGCUUGAAAAGCAACUAGACAUAUCCAUGAAAGAGAAGUCUGCUGUUGAAAGAGAGCUUAAUGGGAUGGUGGAACUAAAGAAAGAUAACGCCUUGUUGAAGAACUCGAUGAACUCCUUGGAAAAGAAGAAUCUGGUUCUGGAGAAGGAGCUUGUCAAUGCGAAAAAUGAUUGCAAUAACACACUACAGAAGUUGAAGGAAGCUGAAAAAAGAUGUUCUGAACUCCAGACGAAUGUUCAAAGUCUUGAGGAGAAACUCUCUCAUCUGGAAAAUGAGAACCAUGUCUUGAGGCAAAAGACGCUAAUCACAUCCCCAGAGAGAGUUGGACAGAUACUUGGUGAAAAACAUUCUAGUGCUGUUGUACCAGUCCAAAAUGACAGGAGAUCUAUAUUUGAGACACCAACACCUUCAAAGCACAUCAUGCCAUUUUCACAUAGCCUGUCAGAGUCACGUCGAUCCAAAUUCACUGCAGAAAGAAACCUGGAGAACUACGAAUUGCUCUCCAGGUGUAUAAAGGAAAAUUUGGGAUUCCAUGAUGAUAAGCCACUGGCUGCUUGUGUGAUAUAUAAAUGUCUUCUGCACUGGCAUGCCUUUGAAUCUGAGAGCACAGCCAUAUUUAACAUCAUUAUCGAGGGAAUCAAUGAAGCCCUGAAGGGUAAAGAUGAGAAUAGUGUAUUACCAUAUUGGCUCUCAAACGCUUCAGCACUUCUAUGUCUCUUGCAGAGAAAUCUGCGGUCGAAUAGUUUUCUAAAUGCUAAUGCUCAACGUUCUGGGAGGGCUACAUAUGGAGUAAGGUCUCCUUUUAAACUUCAUGGACCUGACGAUGGUGCAUCGCAUAUAGAAGCAAGAUAUCCAGCAUUAUUAUUUAAACAGCAGCUGACAGCAUGUGUGGAGAAGAUUUAUGGUUUAAUUCGUGAUAAUUUGAAAAAGGAAUUGUCACCGCUUCUGGGAUCAUGCAUUCAGGCACCCAAAGCUUCACGAGGAAUUGCUGGAAAAUCUAGAUCACCAGGUGGUGUGCCGCAGCAAUCACCAAGUAGUCAAUGGGAAAGUAUACUCAAAUUCUUGGAUUCUCUUAUGUCCCGCCUACGCGAAAAUCAUGUACCCUCGUUCUUCAUUCGCAAACUUGUGACUCAGGUUUUCUCAUUUAUCAACCUAUCACUUUUCAACAGUCUUCUUCUUCGUCGUGAAUGUUGCACAUUUUCAAAUGGGGAAUAUGUGAAAUCUGGGAUUUCAGAAUUGGAGAAGUGGAUAGCCAAUGUAAAGGAGGAGUUUGCAGGAACAUCUUGGCAUGAGUUAAAUUACAUAAGACAAGCUGUUGGAUUCUUGGUUAUACACCAAAAAAGAAAGAAAUCAUUGGAUGAAAUCAGGCAGGAUCUGUGCCCGGUAUUGACAAUAAGGCAAAUAUAUCGAAUAAGUACGAUGUACUGGGACGAUAAAUAUGGAACUCAAAGUGUCUCAAGUGAGGUGGUUUCUCAAAUGAGAGUACUUGUGGACAAGGAUAACCAAAAACUAAGUUCGAAUUCGUUCUUGCUGGAUGAUGAUAUGAGCAUUCCUUUCUCUGCAGAAGAUAUAGACAAGGCUAUUCCUGUAUUAGACCCAUCUGAAAUAGAACCACCAAAAUUCGUAUCAGAAUAUACUUGUGCACAGUCCCUUGUGAAGAAACCCUCCACAGCUUCAGCCUCAAAGCAGAUCAUUUGAUGCAUAUGAGCUUGAUUAUGCAUCAAUUAGUAAUUUGGCAAUGCAAAUUUCUCAUUAAGAGAAUGAACAAUGGAAGCUUAGACUUGGUAAUUGUAGAAUUCUACUAAAUGUUAAUGGCCAAAUGUUUGUAGUUGUCCGACUUUGUCAGUUUUUUUCUCUUGUUUGGACUGUAAAUGGUAGAACAUCUUUGUAAAUAUAUUAAGUAAUGAAUGAAUCCUCAUAAUUCUUUUGAGA